GUCAUGUUUGUCUGUCUGUUCCUAGCAGUUAUGUCCCCUCAGAGGAUAAUGAGGUGCCUUUGCCAUGCAGUUGCCCCCACUUUGCCUGCAAAUGCUUUGCCCCAUGACGUGGAUAGGAAUGCUUUAGCAGCAAAGGGCACCUGCUUGCCACUGCAAGUAAGGGAGGCAGCUUAGCAAACAUUAAAUACCUAUGGCUACAAAAAGUUAAGUAAGAAAGUUAGCCUGCCUUAUGUGUGGUCAAGAUUAGUAAACACAACUCGUUGGAAACCAAGAGGUCUGAGCACAGGAGAUUUGUUUUUGUUGAACAAAGAAGAGGUGCAUGCACCCCUGAAAAUUCACUUGAGUGCCAUAUAUGGACUUGUGCAGUAUUUCUUUUCCCACAGCAAACAGAAGAGAAAAAUAACUGUGGAAAAUACAGUAUUUGAAGAGCUAAUGGGUUGUGUCAUUUAAGUUCUUUGUACCAGUGUAAUUUCUCCUUUGUAGAAGGAGUAAAAAAUCUCCUUUCCCCAGCCUAAUUCUUCACUUAAUGAUUCUGGUGUGUGGUGGAUGCUGCAGUCAGACUGUAAUGCACAAUAGCCCUGGGUAUCAAGAUCUCUCUGCUGGGUGGGAUUAGCUGUGUGUGCACAGGCUCAGACUGUUCACAACUCCUGUGAGGUCUUGCUGCAUUGGGCAAGGUGAGAGGUGAUUUAUGACUCUGUGCCGGUGCACACCCUUCCCCAGGUGUGACUGUCAGAGGCUGGGUCAGACUUCCGUGUUGAGACACUUGUGGGGAGCUACCACUUCACUCCUAAGAGCAGGGGCAGAAGAGACGGAGCCUUGUUAAUGUGAGGAGCGUCAAGGAGGGUCUUUCAGCCCACUGACUUAGUCUGAAAUAUGUUCGUGGGGCUUUUGAGCAAAAGCUGGCUACUGUCAGAGCUGGUCUGAGGAGCAACAUAAACCUUCUAGUAGUUAUUAGACAGAUGGUCUCGUCCCUCCUCCACCCUAUCUGUGCAACUCAAAGCUGUUGCACUAAGGACAAGUAUUCAGUCUCUCCAGAAUUCCCUGGCUGAGCAUGUGAGUGAGGAAAAAUGGUAUCCUGCUUUGUGGAGACUUUACUCUGCUCUCCCCAAAAAUACAGCCUCCAAGGGAAUGACUUCCUAUUGCCUGUGAGACUAAAGCAUCAUUUCGUGUCUAUCUGGGAUAACUGCAGCAAUGUCAGUAAACGAAGAGGAAAGCUAUGAAUAUGACUGGGAAAAGGAAAAGGAGAGGGAAUGCACUUUUAACAGGCAGAGCCUUGAUAUCUUGGAAGAAGUUUUAUGUGCUGAAAGAGUGGGCCAGAUGACUAAAACAUACAAUGACAUAGAUGCUGUAACACGUCUUCUUGAAGAGAAAGAACGGGACUUAGAAUUAGCUGCUCGGAUUGGCCAGUCGCUGUUAAAGAAGAAUAAAUCACUGACAGAAAGAAAUGAUUUCCUGGAGGAGCAAGUAGAACACAUAAGAGAAGAGGUAUCUCAGCUGCGCCAUGAGCUGUCCAUGAAAGAUGAGCUGCUCCAGUUCUAUACCAGUGCUGCUGAGGAAAGCGAACCAGAGUCUGUCUGUUCCACCCCGCUGAAGAGGAAUGAGUCUUCUUCCUCUGUCCAGAACUACUUUCAUUUGGACUCUCUUCAAAAGAAACUCAAGGACCUUGAAGAGGAAAAUGUUGUGCUUAGAUCUGAGGCCUGUCAACUGAAGACUGAAACAAUUACUUAUGAAGAGAAAGAACAACAACUUGUCAAUGACUGUGUAAAAGAGCUAAGGGAUGCAAAUGUCCAGAUUGCCAAUAUCUCCGAAGAGUUAGCAAAGAAAACUGAAGAUGCUGCCCGGCAGCAAGAAGAAAUCACUCAUCUUCUCUCUCAGAUAGUCGACCUGCAGAAAAAGGCAAAAGCUUGUGCAGUUGAAAAUGAGGAACUUGUACAGCAUCUGGGAGCAGCUAAAGAUGCCCAGAGACAGCUCACGGCAGAGUUGCGAGAGCUGGAAGACAAGUAUGCAGAGUGCAUGGAAAUGCUUCACGAGGCUCAAGAAGAGCUGAAAAACCUUAGGAACAAGACAAUGCCAAAUGCGAUAUCACGUCGGUACCACUCCCUUGGUCUCUUCCCUAUGGAUUCUUUGGCAGCAGAAAUAGAAGGGUCAAUGAGGAAAGAACUGCAUUUAGAUGAACCCGACUCUCCUGACUUGGCCCAUCAGAAGCGGGUCUUUGAGACAGUGAGAAAUGUCAAUCAAGUUGUCAAGCAGAGAUCCAUGACUCCAUCACCAAUGAAUAUCCCAGGCUCUAACCAGUCCUCUGCUAUGAACUCAGUGAUUUCUAGCUGUGUCAGCACUCCACGUUCCAGUUUCUAUGGGGGAGACAUCUCUAACAUUAUGGUAGACAACAAGACCAAUAGCAUCAUCUUAGAGACAGAGUCUUCAGACAAUGGAAAUGAAGACAGGAUGAAGAAGCCUGGAACUCCAGGGACUCCAGGCUCCAGUGACCUAGAGACUGCCCUUCGUAGGCUCUCCCUCAGGCGGGAGAAUUAUCUCUCGGAGCGCAAGUUCUUUGAGGAAGAGCAGGAAAGGAAGUUGCGGGAACUGGCAGAAAAGGGAGAACUCCACAGUGGUUCCAUUACCCCCACAGAGAGCAUUAUGUCACUGGGAACUCACUCCAGAUUUUCAGAAUUCACUGGAUAUUCAGGAAUGUCUAUCAGCAGUCGCUCCUACCUGCCAGAAAAGCUUCAGAUUGUGAAACCACUAGAAGGUUCUGCCACUUUGCACCACUGGCAGCAGCUGGCUCAGCCUCACUUGGGUGGGAUUCUGGACCCGAGGCCCGGGGUUGUCACAAAGGGCUUCAGGACCCUAGACCUGGAUCUGGAUGAAGUGUACUGCCUUAAUGACUAUGAGGAAGAUGAGACAAGUGACAUUUCUUACAAAGGCCUAACUACCUCGACGCCAGUUCAGCACACAGAGACCUCAGGUGAGAGGUCACAAGCACAAGUGACUGUUUCAGAGAACAAGAAUAACCCCCGCCAAUCUCAGGCUUUCACAGAGGAGAUGCAGGAGUCCACGACUGACGAUGAUGAGGGGUCUGGUGAGGGAAACUCAUUAAGUCCAGUAAAACUGACAUCUUUACACGAUUUUGAUUACUGGGCCAUUCUCACAUCUCUUCAGAACAGCAUCCAUAAUAUUGCUUUGUGUGUAGCAUCUGCACGAUAGUGUGUGCAGUGGUUAGAACAUAACCAUUCUAACAUUGGCUCAAAAAUUGUUCUUUGAUAAUCUUUUAAUUUGUUUUUCAGUAACAGCAUCUGUGGUCAAUAUUUUACUCGAUUGUGAUAAGAGAAGGCUGCUAAAAGGAAGUGGUUCAUUGACAAACCUUUGUGUGGCAUGUAUUCAAUUUGUGUGUGUAUUUAGUGCACACUGUUAAGUGUGUGUAAUGUACAGAUUAAUUACGUAUAUUUUGUGUUACUGUAGUGCAGAUACUCUUCUGACAGUUCAUAAGAGGUGAUGGCAUGUUUUAGAUUUUUGUACUGUGGGAAAAAACCGAAAACUAAAUGAUUGGUCCACUAAAGGUGCCUCUACCUUGUCUUUGCUGAAACAAAUGGAGUGCCUUGAAAAAUUACCAAAGAAAUUCUGAAAGUUUAAUUCACUUACCUCAGAUACAGUUACCUGUUUUUAAAGUCCUUCUGAGAUAAAGAAUUAAGGGGAUGUUUUUGUGCAGUGACUAAUAACAUUUCCCUUAUUCUUUCUCCACCACACUAUUAAAACCCCAUCCUUCCUAUUUAUACUAUAUUAAGACGUAAACAUUUUUAAGUGACAGAGUACCACAUGAGUUAUUAGAUACUCUGAACUGACACUAGCAGCCUAUUAUUGCACAAGAUUACAGAUUCUCAAGACUUUAGAUGUGUUUUGAGUUUGUGUGGUUUUCUCUCUUGUUCUUGAGAUUUGUGGGGGGUUUAUUUUAAUAAGCUAUAUAGUCUUCAUUAAGAUUUGCCUCUUGUAAAGAAUUAUAUUUAGUCCAGAGUCAGAAAAUUGCCAGACCUCCUUUUCUUUUCCAGACUUCUUGGUUUUGUAUAACUACUUUAAAUGAGGGCACUUCCUUCUCUCUCUUUUUUCUGGGAUAAAUCAUAAUUUAAUAUUUGGCUACUCUUUGGAAGAUUAGAUUGUCUCAAGGCUAAACAACAAUAUUUCUGUUAUUAUCAUGACAUGAAGAGUAUCUUCAGCUCUCACUGCAAUGGCAGUUCAGUGCUUUCAGCUACUGAGUAUAAGCUACUUUCUGCAGUCAGUUGUAUUAAGGUUUAACUUUCAAUCAUAGAAUCAUUAAGGCUGGAAAAGACCUCUAAGAUCAUUGAGUCCAGGCAUUAACCCAGUCCACCACUAAACCAUGUCCCUAAGUGCCAUAUCUAUAGAUCUUCUAUAUACCUCCUGGGGUAGUGAUCCAACCACUUCCCUGGGCAGCCUGUUCCAGUUCUUCAACAUCCAAACCCUUCAACUUCCCUUUGCAUUGGCAAAAGUUGUCCUUGUUCUAUGAGAUCCCAGAAGGAAAGUUUAUAUUAUUUUUUAAUAUUAAUAUGAAAAUAAAUAAUAUUUCUUCAGGCAGUCGUGUACUGUUUUGGAUAUUAUCCAGGUUUUUAUAAUUUUCAAGAGCCUGAGUAACAACAGCAAGAAAAGCUGGAGAUAUGAGAAACAUGGACUGAAAUAAUCAAAGAUUGAAAUAACUGGCAUUGUUAGGAUCUAGGGAAUAAAAGAUUCAACAAAAGAUAUGACUAGUUGUAAAAUGUGUUGCCAUAGAGAGGAAGAGAACAAGCAGUUCUUCAUGUACUCAAGGUACAGUAAAUGUGAAAAAAAAUGAUUCUUUGGUUACAUUUUUAAAAGUGUUCUAAUUGUAAGAGUGUUCAGUACAGGACCAUGUCAAAAAAGAAAAAGACUUGCCAUGGGCUAAACAUAGAUAAGGAUAUAGUUUAGUUCCUUGGUUUUUUUUUUUUUUUUUAAGAACAAAUUAGUCUAACAUUUCUGGGUAAUAAUUUGAAAGAGUUCUUUCUUUGAAGUAGAGCAGUAAAUGUAGGCCGCUGUGACUACAAACUGGUAAGAAAAUCUAGUAUUUCCUUCCAUUUUCUGUCUCAUGAUUUGAAUAAAGGUCACUGUUUAUGAACAAGUUAUUUACUGGUUACUGCUGACUUUUCCUGGGAAGAAUCUAUCUCAGACGAGAGUUUUUAAGCAAAUUCCCUACCUUAUAAACUGACAAAGUAGAUAAAAUCAUUGAAAUUGCUCUAGCAAUCUUAUUUUACCUUGUAUUGUUUGCUGAGUCAUUUUAAUACAUUACAGAAAUAAAUGGGUCAAAAUUAAUAACUUUUUGUGGAAUGAGCAAGUGCACCAAAAACUUCUAUUUCCCAUUCUUUUGCCUUCUUUCAAAUUGUCCUGUUACGUAGGAUUUAGGAGUAUCCAUGAACUACCAUAUCAUUAUUGGUUGUGUUGCUGCUUCUUGUUGAAGCAAUUUGUCAGGCAUUGUAUAAGGAGAUUUGUUAGAUUUAGUGGAUUUUGUCCAAGUAGACACUUACUAAUGGAGCAGUACUUCCUAGGAUCCACAGUCUGCCCACUGAAGAAUAUAUUUUGGGAGAUUGUGCAGCCAUUGCUUCUCAUUGCUUCUCCUCAGCAUUCUUUGUUCUAGAUUUCUCUUUAGGAAAUGCAAAGCAGGUAGGGGUGUGUAUGACAUGUGGCAACUCAUCAUGUAUAUUAAGGUUACAACAUCGUUGCUUGCAUGAUUCCAGUUGGGAAUUGGUUCCAGUUGGCAACAUACAGAAUAAACUCCUGCUAGAGAAUGUGGAAGUAAAAUAAAAAGGGAAAGAAAGAAAAAUCUUGCACACAGUCUUUAGCGAUAGUGCCUUUGUUUAUAAUCCAGGGUCUCUCCAUUGUGGAAAAAUCUCAUUCAAGAGGUCUGUAAAAGCCAGAAGGUAUUUUCUUAUAGUUGCUGUUGGCAGGCCAUAAAGUAUGCCAGUCUAGAGCUAGAGGUCCUCUAGCCUCAGACCAAAAGAUGUCUUUAGUGAUACAGUGCCUACAAGGACUUUCCCAGCAGGUGUAGGUUAUCCUAGUCUGUUGGGCGGGUUUCUGCUUCAGUUGAUUGUAUGCUCUGAGGUUUGUAUCUUGCCUGUUUUGCACUGGAUAUGUUCUCUGUCACAGUGCUUACAAGCACUAUUCGUAUUGCCAUUUUGUGUGUGCAGAGUGCUGCUCAAAAUGAGUCUAAGAGUGUAUUUCAGUGUCCAGUCUCAGGAGAGCAAACACUGCUGGUGCCAAAAAUAUCUUGUAGCCGAAACAAGUGUAUUUAGAGCAAUUGUAAUAGGUAUUCUGUUUUUGGGAUAGAGUCAGAAAUCAUACUGUUUAAAAAAGGAAAAGUUAUGUUUCUUGUGUUUUCUUGUCCCUGUGUUGAAACCAGUAGUACCCAUUGAUCUAUAAAAUAGCUUCUUCACUAUAAAUGCAUAUUCUAUCCCAAUUAUGGCACUGAACAUUUCAGGAGAAGUUAGCACAUACGUGCCCUAUGGUCUGCAGUUAUUCUGUUGGAGCCACGUACUGUGUGUGGGUAGAGUUAACUUUAUGGAAGACUGUAAAUUCCAAAGUUGCAGUUUUAGCCUAAUACACAGGAGUAGGUUGAGAUUUGUGUAUCACUUGUGUAGACUCCCAGCAUAAGUGGGAAUUUUAGAGAAGUUACAGGACACAGUGUUCUUGAAAUCACCUGGGAUAAGUAAUUUUUGCAGCACAAAUUUUUAUUAACGUCAGUAUAUUUUUUUUUGUUCUGUGGAAGAAACUAGUAUAUUAUAAAACUGUACAGAAUCUGUUUUGGAGGGAGGGGUUGUUUAGGUUGGUUUUUUGUUUGGUUUGUUGUGUUUUUUUAAUUCACUGGUUUUCAUGUUUCCCUUAAAGAAACUAACGAAACACCAACCACUCAAAGCACUUAUGAAUGUUCUAAUUUUGAAGUUGGAAGGACUGCACUUGAUACAGUGUAUCCUUAAUUGCCUGCUAGUAUUGGGUGCAUUGGUCUUUUAGUACUUGUAUUUGUUAGUUCCACUUAUUGAUUGCUUUGAAUAGACAUAUGCACAGUAUUACAGGAUCAGCACUCUCAUACUUCAUGCUUAGACCGUAACCAUGACAUGGAGGGCUUUCCAAAUAGAGGCCUAAAAUCACAAGAGGAAGUAAUGAAUGUAUUAUGUUUAAGUUGUUUUUAGCAGGGUUACUAUACACGCUUCUAAAAAGUUACCAUUGUACAGAAAAGCAAUAAAUUUUGUAACUCUUCGUAGAACU